UGGUGACGACACCAUCAUGUCCAACAUGUACUCUCUCCUCAAUUACAUCGCUGCGACCUCCAAAGAAAUAACUGAAUCAUUUUCUUCCAACCAACUCCUUUCUAACCCCCCCUACAGUUCCUCGAUCACCUCUCCCAAUGAUAAUGUGACCCUCCAAAGCGAUGAAACAGGGCUACACGGUCGCUCAGACGAAGAGAAGCGGGUCAUUGGGAUCACGACUAUAUCUGUUGUCACGCGCCUUGCACUCGAGUUCCGUACUGCGGGCCAGGAAGAAGUCACAAAACUUAUGAUCUCGAAAUUGUUUGCAGCGCUUACAGACUUUGGAGCUGACUCACGAGGCUGUGAUCCCACGUUGCGCGUGUUGGCCGCCCAGACCAGGUUUGCACGUGAACUGGACCAAAGGCCCGAUUUGUAUGAUGUAUACUUGGUCGAGCUGCUCGCUGUCUUCGGAGACAAAGGUGUUGCUAUCCAGAACGUGGCGACGUCUGACAGACACGUCAAGACAGAAGAGAUGAUCGAGCAGCUGGCCUCUUCGUUAUUGCCGAUCGAAGCGCUUAUUACCCAUCCAGAUUACUCUCCACACCUGGCCGCCUCGCAAGAGCUUACGGGCCUCUUCCGGAACAUGUGGUUCCUCUGCGUCCUCUUCCACUUUACAUCUGGCGAGGAGAAGGGCGCAAUGACGUGGCUCAUGCCUACGCUGGCGAAAAUCGCAACAAAGAUGCCAACUCUGGUGCUCGAGAAUGCUCAUCAUGCAGCGAGCGAAAUCGAGUAUAGCACUGUCAUCCGGCAUGAAUAUGCGCAUUCUGUGAUCUUCUUGUUUAUGAUGCAAGACGUUGAGAGUGUGCGAUCUGCUGCUGGUCUCCCAUCUUCCCUGGUGUUAUACUUCACGAAUGGCAGCCUGAAUCGACAGAGUUAUCUCAUUGUAUGCAUGGAAUCUAUGGUUGACAAGGUUAUGCGUGGAUGCAUGGGAGAGAUGAAUUCCCAGGCUGCGGAACAGGCAUUACCGGCCCAUCUAUCAGAGGAACUUCGCAAGCUGCUUGUAGCCAGCACUCAUCGCAUAUCUCAUGCUCGGGACGUCGCGGCCAAAUGCCUAUUCAAUCUGAUCACGUCGUUUCCUUCUCUCAUGUGCAACCCGCCGCUGGUGUAUGCAAUUGGGUUUCAUUAG